AAAUACAAAAAGUUUGAGAAAUUAACUGGUUAGACCAGUUUUUAGUUACUGCUUUUUUAUUGCAUGCUUAAACUGCUCAAAUCUGAAACGCCAGCCAUUCUCUAACGGAAAACGCAAGUAGGUGCAGAUUGUACAGGUACGUUUGGAUCGAAAAAAAAAUUCGGAUCGUAAGCCUACAGACCACAGUUGAAACCCAGGCAAAUAAAGAGAGGUGAGGUCAGGACCACACUGCUUGAGAAAUAAGAAUAGCCUACCCGGUCAGAAGAUGCCAAUCCACAUUCCUUCUAACAAUUCUUUCUAGACCUUUUUUUCCCCUUGCGGAAAACAAUCACAUUUGACAUAUUGGAUGAAUUCAAAUGGGGUAGUCAAUAGACGGCCAACAGUGGAGUCUCGUGCCUGCCUAGGUGUGAGGUGUGAGCAGAUUAUUCAAAUAGGGCACUGAAGGAGCGAGGAUUGGAGGCUCGAGCGCUGCUAACGUCAUUACAACUCCUGUCAUCGUCGCUUACAGCGUCUGAAGGCACUCCGGGCUGCUACUCAUGAACCAGUCCCCAGGCAGCAAGCUGACUAAAUGACCUAGGUGUCCGGUUGGCCCCUAUCGGUUUUAGGGCUGUAGUUUCGUUAAAUAUUCUGCUGAGAUUGAGAGGCUGUUAAGGGAAAUUUGUUUUGGACAGUUCACAAUGCUAGGUGCUGUAAAAAUGGAAGGACACGAGCAUUCAGACUGGAGCGCAUACUACGGAGAGCCCGAGGUGGGUAGACUUUAUUGUUACACCUCAGUUGGGAACAUGACACAAAACACCGGGUUGGGACUGAACUCGAUGAGCACCUACAUGAACAUGCCCGGAAUGACUUCAACCAGCAACAUGACGGGUAGCCCCAUGAACAUGCCAUACGUCAACACGGGUGUUAACCACUCCAUGGCCGGGAUGUCACCUGGCUCCGCAGCCAUGCACGGCAUGGGAACGGGGAUGGGGGGCAUGACUGCGGCACUGAACUCGAACAUGAGCCCCAUAAGCACACAGUCUCCGUCAAUGAAUGGCCUGACCUCAUACGGUAACAUGAGCGUUAUGAGCCCCAUGUAUGGACAAUCCACUAUAAGGGCAAGAGACCCCAAGACAUACCGGAGAAGCUACACGCACGCCAAGCCUCCAUAUUCCUAUAUUUCACUCAUCACCAUGGCCAUACAGCAGUCUACGACGAAGAUGCUGACGUUGAAUGAAAUAUACCAGUGGAUCCAGGACCUAUUCCCCUUCUACAGACAGAACCAGCAGCGCUGGCAAAACUCUAUCCGUCACUCCCUAUCAUUUAACGACUGCUUCCUCAAAGUGCCCAGGUCUCCGGAUAAACCGGGAAAAGGAUCUUUCUGGACCCUUCACCCUGAUUCGGGGAAUAUGUUUGAAAACGGCUGCUAUCUCCGGAGACAGAAAAGGUUUAAGUGCGAGAAAGGCCUCGGCCUGGACAACGUUAGGAAGACUUCCGAGGGGGGCUCUAACAGCAGCUCGGAGAGCUGCAACGGUAACGAAUCACCCCAUCAUACCUCUUCUGUGAAAGACGUCAAACGGCCGGCAUCCGACCCGAAACCCCGGCAGCAGACAAUGAGCCCCGCGGAACACGCGCCCUCUCCAAUUCCCCAGACGCACCACCUGCUCUCUCAACAUCAUUCUGUUCUCGUGCACGAUGCGCACCUGAAGCCCGAGCAUCAUUAUUCAUUCAACCACCCUUUCUCCAUCAACAAUCUAAUCUCGGAGCAGCAGCAUCACCACAAAAUGGACCUAAAAACUUAUGAACAGAUGAUGCAGUACGGUUACGGUUCACCGAUGGCAGGGGCAUUGUCUAUGGGCUCAAUGUCGACUAAAACUGGCUUAGAUAUUGCUUCGGCACAUACGGACACUUCUUACUACCAAGGUGUGUACUCGAGGCCAAUCAUGAACUCUUCUUGAAGUUGAAUAUGCAUUCGAACUUUUCCCCCAACAAUUUCAAUUUGUACAUUUGUAAAUCGGUAGUUUUUUAUGCAUCACAUUCUAUGGACAGCGGGCACGGAAUGGACUUAUGUUGUGUCAAGUCGUUCAGAGUACUCUGGUAUGCAACGAAAUCAUUGCAUACAUCCACUAGAUUAAUUAGAAGGCGUAGUAGGCCUGACCGAGGGAUUCGCAGGCCCGGCAUAAAUUGAUGUUGCAAAUUGUGAGACGAUAUCGUUUGUGUAACCCUUAUAACGUAAGUUGUUAAUGUGUAGCCUAUUCGUGUAGGAGGCAAACAUCUAUAAUAAAGUAUUAUUUUGUGUUUUUGAGA